AGUCUUAAGUAGGCGUUCUGGUUGAUCAUGCGCAUCAUGAAUUUCAUUUGUAUCCUACACUUUCAUUAUGCUUUGCGUGAACCCUCAUGACCAUGUUGAAGUCCAAAAAUGUCAUUACAGAAACCUGGGGCAGCCUUGAAGACACUGUUCCGUCGUCCUCUUCUAGUGGCGUCAUACCUGACGUGGGUCAUACUUCAGGCAUACACCGUACCUUCCGUUGGUCGUAGGAGAGUAGAAGUCGUUGCCACUAAGAUUUCGCGUACACUUUACCUGAUCACCUUCCACAUCGAGGUUUCAAAGAAACAUGCUUCACAAGUAAAGCAUCUUGCAAAGAUCAGCAAGCCUUGCAAUAGCCGUGCACUGCGUGGCCAUGUAGGUGCGUGUGGUCGCUGUGCUGUGUGAUCCCAUAGAGCGGUGACGCGUCUAGAGUCUGGCACGCGUCGAGAGAUCGA